CAACAAAUACUUUUGAAGUGAAAUCUCAACUUUCUAAAUUUUUUUUAUCGCUUAUCGGCCGUCUCUCGUAACAUAAUCCAGAUAUCCUUAUAUAGCAAGGUAAUUAAAAUCGAACAAUUAAGUGGUGUUGGUAGACGAUAAAUUGAGAAUCUAUGAAUAUUGCUGCUAACUUGAUAAGAUACAAUAUCGUCAAUCGAUUGAGGAAUAGAAAAAUUUCUAGAAUAUUCAGUUAUGCACUAACAGCCAACAUAUUCACAACCACAGCAAGAAGCAACAACAAGAACCAAGACAAUCAAACAACAAAAAUGGAAUUCGAUAAGGAAAAGUUGAAGGAACGAUUGACUCCAUUGCAGUAUCACGUAACUCAAGAAGCUGGAACUGAGCGGCCGUUCACGGGAAAAUAUAAUAAAUUUCAUGAAAAAGGAACUUACGUUUGUGUGGUUUGUCAACAAGAUUUAUUCCAUUCUGAUACCAAGUACGAUAGUGGAUGUGGAUGGCCUGCAUUCAAUGAUGUCUUGGAGCAAGGUAAGGUGAAAUUAUUGAGAGAUGCAUCGCUUGGUGUUGUCAGGACAGAAGUACGCUGUAGCAAAUGUGAUGCUCAUCUUGGGCAUGUCUUCGGGGACGGACCACCACCGACUAAAAAGAGAUAUUGUAUCAACAGUGCAUCUAUUGAAUUUAUUGAGCCUGGAACAACCACAUAAAUGCUGACAACUAGAAAAAUGAUCACGAA